AUUAUUUACAAUCUCAUGCCACUGAAUUAUUUUUAAGCUAUGAUUUCAAUUAAAUUUUUUUUUUGUUUUUUUCAUAAAUAGCAGAUAACCAUCUCCUAUUUCCAUGUAAUCUUUUUACAGAUUCAUGCCAUAAAUUAUCUUUUAAUAUUAAUUAAACAAUAUAGAAAUUAUUAUUCAUUACAUUUUUAUUUUAUUACUAAUUAUUAAUUAAACAAUAUAAAAAUACUACCACCACAUUACAUUUUUAUUUUAUUACUAAUUAUUAAUACUAUUUAUUUGAAUUGAGCAUGAGAAUAUUCUCUAUCAAUACUAAACAAUGUAUCAUGCUUUGCAUUUCCCUUAAUAAGGCAACAAUUAAUAAUUCCUAACUAACCAUGAAUACUUCACACGAUACAAAAGAAAAAAACUAACUCAUCUAUGAAGGGGAUUUUCAUAAAAGAGUCAAGAAAAUUCUCAUAAACAAGUCAAGAUCUAUGAAGGGUGAUUUUCAUAAAUGAGUCAAGAAAUUCUCUAUCAUAUCAUUGAGGUUAGUGUACAACUGCUUUGGAUUUAUUGGUGGUUUCUUAGGAAUAAAUAAGGAGAUUGAUUGCUUAUAAAAAUAAGGACUAUCUUUUCAAGAAAAGGGGGGAACCUGGUUUCUAAUUAGCAUUUUAUUUGCAAGUGCUUGGAAUUAAUGGAAUUGGUUUGGGGUUUUAUUUCAAGAUUAACCGUUGUCUUCCAUGUCUGCUGUGUGUUUAUGAUUUAUUGCAGAAACUCUUAUCAACUCUCCACAUUGUCAUCAGUGCAUAUUGCAUAUCCAGUAGACAAGGCUCAGGACAGGGUAUACAUAUGGAUUUUAAAAGGUUAAACGUUUCUUUUCCAAGUCAGACGGUCCAAAGUAAGUGCAAAGUCUUAUUUUUAUUCUGAUUUGAGGUUUCAUUCUGGUGUAAUGUCUUUGUAUUUAUUUUGGUUCUCUUGUGUUUUUAAAAACUAUAGAUACACAGGUCUUGGUCUAAAUGUAUUCAAGGUUAUAGCGAGAAAAAAAAUAGAAACGCCCAUUUUCUUCUCCGUCGUUGCGGUUAGUAAGUCAAUUACAAACUCUUUUUUUCUUACAAAUUCUUUUUUGUUAUGAAUACGGUAAACUUUUCAAGGUUUCAACAGAUUUCUUAAUUGCUUCAGUAUGAGUUAGUUUCUUCUCAAAUAAAAAUUAUAUUUCAUAUAAUUAUUUAAAUAUAUCGAAUGUAAUCGAUUUUUUUGGGAUAUGUGUAACAGAUAAUUACCAUCUUCUUAAUACGAUAAUAGAUAAUACAUGUAGAAACCAUGUUUACAAUAAUCAUCUCAUAAAUUAAACCCACCAAUUUCGGAAGUUGCCUAAAAAUCUAACCUGUGGUUAUGGAAAAUGCAGUAACUUCAGCAUAUGUGACUUACAUAGAAAAUCCGGAACAUUAACUUUCAGCAUAUUCGAUUAAUAUAUCUUUUAAGCAUUUUGGGAAUAUUUCAAAAGAUCUAGGGGCCCAAAAUUAAUUGACAAAUCUACAAAAUUGUGUACAUCCUAAACUAAUUGACUUACUUUAUAAAUAUUCCUGGUCCAUCGAUUGAUUAUAUUGUUAAUCAAUAUUUGACAAAUUUUAACCAAAUGUUGAUGGGUCAAGUAGGAAAACAAAAUUAUUAGAGAACAUUUCACUGCCCAUUACUAAUAACAUUCUUAUUUUAUCCAAACCCAAAUUAUAAAACACAUUAUAAUCAAUUUAACCUCAUUGAAUCAAAAGUUUAAUUAGUAUAAAAUGUAGAAAGAUGUUAGUAUAUAUUAGUUAAUUAAUAAUAAUGUUCUAAGAAAAAAAUUAUUUUUUGAAAAAAAGACUGAUAAUACGGGUGGACAUUCGGGUAUUCAUUUGCGUUUGGUUCAUGUCUAUUCGGGUUUUGGAUAUUCUAAGUUAAACAUAUCAGCCCCAUUCAUGUAUUUAUAAAUUUUGGUUCGGAUCAUUGCGGAUUCGGUUUGGGUUUGGAUAGCCCGGAUAAAUUAUUUUUAAAAAAAUUAAAUUCAUAUAUACUUUAAAUUUCUCAAAAUAUAAAAAUAAAAUAAUAUAUUAAAUAUAAAUUAAAAUAAUGUAUGCCAAAAUACAUAAACCUAAUAUAUAAAUUGGUUUGGCUUGAAUAUUUGAAUAGAAUUAAUUUAUAUUUUAAGUAUAAUUGGUGUUUUGAUUAUUGAUUAGCUAUUUUUAUAAUUAUUUUUAAUAUAUAUAUUUUCAGUUAUUUUAGGCAACUUCAAAAUAUCUUAUAUACUAAAUAUUUUUAUAUAUUAAAUUUUAGGAUAAUUAAUAUAUUUAAGUAUAUAAAUCUGAUUCAGAUAUAUUCAGAUAUCCGAAAUAUUUCAAGUUGAAACGGAUUUAGUUCCGAUUCUCUAGAUACCAAAGUUUUGAACAUGUUCGGAUAUUUAACCAAUUUUAGUACUGUUUUGGUACUACUUUUUCUGAUCGGAUCAGAUUCGAGUCAAUUUUUCCGAUUCCGAUUUUUUCCAUAGCCCUAACUAAUAUAAUUGUAAAUCAUAUAGUUUAAAAAAAAAUAUAAAGCUUUAAUUUAUAGAACUAAAAACUAUUAAAAUAUUUCCAAAGUAGUUUAUUAUGAGUAUAAAAUCCCACAUUUUAGAAAUACCAUCUUUAAAAUUCAUAUUUAUUUUACGAACAUACAAAAUUUACACGAUUAAAUAUAUGAUUGUAUUAUAAGUAUUUUAAACACACAUAAUGCUAUACUCGAUCAACCUUUAUAUUGCUUUCGUAUGAAAUUAUUUAGAAAAAAUAACCCCGCGCUUUUAAAGCGCGGGUCAAAAUCUAGUUUAAUCUAUUAAAAGAGAAGUACAAAUUUAAAUUACCCCUUAGUUUUGCAAAUUAUUUACAAUAACAUGCCACUGAAAUUAUUAAUUAACCUAUCUUUUAGGAUUUUUUGUCUUUUUCUUUUUAAUUAAUGCAUUUCCAAAAUCAAAUUCUAACUAAAAAAACAUGGAAACAAUAAUUUAUAAAUCUAACUUUUAGUAUUAUUUGUCUUUUCCUAUUUUAUUAUAUUUAUGUGUUUGGAAAUAAUUAAUCAUAUAUAUAUAUCAUAAUUAAAUACAUACAUUAUAUGAGAAUUUAGGUACGUGUUCAGGUACGGAUUAAUUUUUUGAGUAUCAGAUUUUUAGGUUUAAAAUUAAACUUUGUUCGAAUAUGAUAAAUUUUCGGACGGGGUUCAGACUCGGAUCAUUCCGGGUCCAGAUAGAUUUGUAGAAACCUAAAAAUAUCCAAAUAAUUUAUGUGUUUAAAAAUGUCUUUAUAUAAUUUAUAAAAAAAAAAUUAAUACCCGCACACGCAUGCGGGUCAAGCUCUAGUAAUAAAUUUAUUAAUGAAACAAUGAGUUGAUAUCAAAGAAAUAUUUCCCUAAAAAUAAAAUGAAAGGAGUAAAGUUCAAAGGCCCACAUAUUUAUUAACAAAACACAGUACACUAGUAACAUAUACAACCCAUAUAUUGGUCUUAAAAUAUUGUGCUCAGGCAAAAUCUAGGGUUCCUGUCUCUAUCAAUCAUGGCUUCCGCAUCAAGCAAGACAGUGGCCGAGACGGCUGAAACCGCUCCCACAACAGAUCCCAUAGAGAAAAUUAGUGAAUCUGCUGUCUCUUUGUCUCUGAACAACGAACAAUCAGAUUCUGAUCCAGAGGAGAAUGAUUCCUUCGACCACAAUGAAGAUUCUGACGUAAGCGACGGAGAAGAAGACAGCAAUAGCGACGGAGACAAUCAAAACGAAGACGGCAGAGAUAGCAUUGUGGACGACGGAGACUCAACAGACAGCCAACCGGAAUGGGGAGUGGAUAGCCACGACGAAAGAGAAUAUUGCUCGCCUGAUGAAGACGGUUGGUCAGACGAAGAAGAUGAACGAAAAGCCCGUCUUUAUCGACGGAAUCUCCACUUCAGCCACGGUUUUCUGGUGGAAAAAGGGAUUCGCCCACGUCAAGUAUGGAGUGGCUCAAUCCUGCUUAAAUCUUUGGACAGUGAACGUUCUCCAGUCAAAGGAAGGACUCAGCUCCAAUACGCACAAGACAUGGCCAAACUCUCUCUUCGCAAAUACAAUGCUUUAAACAAAACGAAUGUUAGAGUGGAUCAUGUUGUGAGAGUGACCGAAGCGUUUUUUGGUAGAUGGAUUUCGUACAUCACUUUCAUGGCAAGAGAGUCUGAGGAAGAAGAAGCUACUGAUCUUGUGGAGUAUCAAGCCAAGAUUGUCAAGAUUUUAAGACGCAAGUCUUAUCCCAUCUUCUGCAGGCCAAGUCCCAAGCAAGAUCAGGAUAUGUAGUUAUAAAUGUUAGUUUUCUUUACUCAAGGCUAAUUUGAAUUGAUGGUCAUAUGGUCUUUUGUACUUCUUGCUUUCAAUUUUUUGAUAAUGAUUUGUGAUGUGCAAUGCAAUACAUCAACCUAA